AUGAGAAUAAAACGAUUUGAUCAAGUGUUGUUCGUGUUACAAAGACUAUCUAUCUAUCUAUCUAUCUAUCUAUCUAUCUAUCAUUAUUUAAAUAUGUUUUAUAUUGUUAAUAUCUAUCAUAAUCUGUUAAUGUGUUACUGUUGUGUAUUGCCCAUAUCUAUCUAUCUAUCUAUCUAUCUAUCUAUCUUAUAUUAUUCAUAUCUAUCUAUCUAUCUUAUAUUGUUCAUAUGUAUGUAUGUAUGCAUCUAUUUUCUUUCGAUCUUAUAUUGUUCAUAUCUAUCUAUCUAUCUAUCUAUCUAUCUAUCUAUCUAUCUAUCUAUCUUAUAUCGUUUAUAUGUAUGUAUGUAUGUAUCUAACUCUCUAUCCAUCUAUAUAUCUUAUAUUGUUGUAAUCUAUCUUUUAUUUUUCAUAUCUAUCUAUCUGCAAAGUUAUCUGCAUGGUCCAAUUCUAUCUAUCUAUCUAUCUAUCUAUCUAUCUAUUUAUCUAUCUAUCUAUCUAUCUAUUUGUGAGGGCUGUGGCUGCAAAAGUUAUCUGCAUGAUCCAAUUCUAUCUAUCUAUCUAUCUAUCUAUCUAUCUAUCUAUCUAUAUCAGGCUGCAAAGUUAUCUAUCGAUAAUUAUCUAUCUAUCUAUCUAUUUGUGAGGGGGCUGCAAAGUUAUCUGCACGAUCCAAUUCUAUCUCUAUCUAUCUAUCUAUCUAUCUAUCUAUCUAUCUAUCUAUUUGUGAGGGCCGGCUGCAAAGUUAUCUGCACGAUCCAAUUCUAUCUAUCUAUCUAUUUAUCUAUCUAUCUAAUAUUAUUCAUCCCUCUCUUUCUCUAUCUUUGUUGA